CAGCUGACAUACCUCUACAUAAACACAUCACACGGUCUCUUUUGACCUCUGUAUUCCGAGGAAGAAGGCACAACAAGUAAACUCUCAGGCGACGCCAGUGAAUAGGAAGUAUGAUCACCCUCAUCUUGGCGUUCAUAGCUUUUACAGCUACCACCAACGCCCAAAUUAUUACAUGGCUUUCAUCGUGCCCCGACGUACAGCUGAAGGCGAACUUCGACAGAACCAAGUACCUGGGACAGUGGUACGAUAUGGAACAUUUCCCGGCCUACUUUCAAAAAGGCAGAUGCAGCAGUGCUCACUACAGCAUGAGGGACGAUGGUCGUAUAAAAGUCAACAACACCCAAAUCAUGCCCGAUGGAACAUCUGAUUCUGUCAUUGGUUACCUUCAAAAAAACGCCAUCAACAAUGAGCCUGCCUGCCUUGAAGUUAGGUUCUCCGAAUGGCAACCGCGCGGCUACUACCUGGUACUGGAUACGGACUACGUCAACUACAGCGUGGUGUAUUCCUGCACGAAUCUGUAUGUCGGCAAGUUCGAGUUGCUUUGGAUCCUCAGCCGUCGGCGCACGCUCGCAGUGGGGUACCUGGAGCACAUCCACGACCUGCUGGACUCAUACGGUAUCGAUACAACCAGGAUAGAAGUAGAAUACUGUGAUAGUGGUGAACUUGGCUAUUGCCAUCAAUCGAGUAAAUUUUUCAAUUGUUAGUAGAAUGAUCGAGAGAAUCCAGAGUACCACACAAAUUUUGUCAGGUUUGAAAAUCACUGGAUAACAAUUCUAUAAAUUCACUAGCAGGAUCUACAUACAAUCAAAACUUGAUGUUUCGGUGACCGGUUGUCCCCUUCCUCUUAAUAAUAUCCAACACUGUAGCUAGGUGUCGCUGCAAACAACGUUAACGCCGGCCCAAUACUUUACGUUUGAGAAGCAUAUGUGGCACAUUGCCCUGAGGAUGGUGACAGACUUGUGAGAAACACAGCCUAACAGAGUUUAUCAUUUUCUUUGUCAUACUCUAGUAUCAAGUAGGCUUU